AUGGCGACGACAAUGGUCCCUACGCCGCCCUACAUGCUGGGUGAGCGUCCCACUCCUGCUCAUGGUGGCUCAGGGGCGCCCUCUUUCCGCCAGGUGCCGUUUGUACGCGCGAGCGAACGUGUGGAGAGCGGUGUCAAGGUCCGCAAGCAACUCCGCAAGUACCUAAAGGCGGCGUCAGCCACGCAGCACAUGGUGGCGCAGACCCACUUAAGUGAUGCUUGUCUACCGGCAUUACAGCCACAGGAAGUGGCUCAGUCUUGUUUCCAGGACUUUUUCACGCAGAUGCGAACGUACAACCAGGUGCUAGGCAACAAGCACUUGGCAGCUAGCAAGGCCUACAUGGAUAUGACCAAACCACUGGAGAAUUCUGGCAAGUCGAAGCGAUGGGCACGUGACGUUUACAACCUGGUGCAGCGUUGUGUGUCCGAUGUGCAGCUGGCGGAGAAGAAGAUGGACAAGGCACGACAACGCGUCACGCGUGCGGCGGACGAACUUGCCCAUUGGAAGACGGUGCUGGCUGCGAAUGAAGCUACGUAUCAAGUGCAGCCAAACAACCCGGAGGUGAAGCGUGCCUUCCAGACGGCACAAUACCGUUUCUCUAAUGCUUUUGGUGAGGAUGAAGCAGCCGGCGCUGAAUACGACGACGCGAGGACAAUGUUGAUAAGUGCGAUUGCUAGACGAGAUGAGGUCGUGGAAGAGGCUUCCGAGCUCUCGCAGACUGUGGAGGAAGACCGACUCGACACGCUAUUGAUUGUUAUCGGGCAGUUCGUGGAGACCAAAGUGGCGAUAUUACAGGCAGAAAUUGAAGCGAUGGCGGAUCUGCAGCGAACACUUAAAGCCAUGGACCGUGACUCGGUGGUGCAGCAGUAUAUUGUGGAUAGUAUGACUCCAGAACUUACACACCGUCAUGCCAAGGCGCUAGGUUUGAUGGAGUGGCAUCGUGUGUCGUGGCGCUACGAACAGCAAUCGCGACAUUCGGCUGAACCUGAGAGCUAUUUGUCAAUUUCAGGGUCACAAGAGGACGUUGCCAAGCUAAAAGCUUCGGGUGUAUCCGAGAAGGACGUUGAGGUUAUCAAAGAUUUUGUAUCGAGUUGCUUCGUAGAGCCCGAAGCUGCUCUUCUCCCUUCCACAGCACUAACCUCUUCAGGUACGUCAUCAAAGCACCGUGGCAAGUUCACGGAUGCCUCAGCUUCAGCCACACAGUCAAUGUAUCGCUUAGGCGUUGUUCGACGCAUCAUACUGGAUUGCCUCACACAUCAGAGAACUCACGAUCGCGAAUUGACACGUGAGGGUUUUUCGAGACUUGCAGCGGCGCUGCGUUUGCUGCUAGAUGCAUGUCUUGCGCAGCAUGACACACGGUCUACCAAGCACCUCAUGAACAUGCUGCAGACUUUUUACCGUAAAACCAGCAAGGACGGGCAGGAAUAUCUCCAUGUUGCGCUGAAAGACCAUGCGGCGUGGCGUGUAGCAGCCUUCUGGGGAGACGCGCUGCUAGAAAGUGUGGCGGAGGAACUCAGGAAGACGUCGACGGACACGCCGUGGUAUUUUCUGCCUGACCCUGAACGAGCGCAUAAGGUGCUGGAGGUCCACAACAUUGUUUACGGACAAGCGUCGGCCUACUUGUACCAUCUCUCUAGCUUUGGUUUUACGCGACGACAGCUUCUUCAAUUCGCCCGCAAUGUGUGUUUUGCUUAUGAACUAGGCGAGGACCAGCGCAUUAGCUUGCUGUCGUCAGUUCAGGGUAUGGCGCUGGAGCGAUCGCAAGAGGACGAAUACGAGGAAAAACGAGAAGAGCCCAUGGGAAUGGCAGAUGAUGAUUGGCAGCGUCCUUCUGAACGUGAUAGCGAACUCUCUGGACGCAGUAGCAGUAGAGUCCCUGCUGCGCGAACGGCCGAUGUGCAGUUCACAUCCUUCACGCUACCCGACUGGUCGUCAUUCUCAAGUGGUCGAGGUGCAAGUGGUGCUGGCGUUGAUGGCAUUCUGUCGAAGUUCGGUCGUGGACGUGGAGAGUCCAGUGCGUCCAACGCAACGACUGUGAUUGAAAGCUCGUCCAUCACGGCUUCGUAUGCUGGUAGUGUGCGUGACGUGGAGGAAAUGAAGAUCAUUGCAUCCACCGUUCUAGGUGAAGAUGGUGACGAAUCGUGGGAAAACCUGUUCGGCACUUUGGUCGCGUCAGGCUCUUCAGCAAGUGACGAACCGAUGCCUUCCAUAUUAGGUAUUGACGAUGAUUCAUCCGAAUCCGGCGACAGCAAGCACAAGGAUAAAUUGAUGAAGCGACGCAAGAACUCGCGUAAAUUUAACGAUCAGUUACGUCUGGCGCGCAGUAUUCCUCUAAGUCUCCGGAUCAACGAGGAGGAAGAGAACGGGGAGGAAGCUACGGAGACAUCGACAGUGUCCGAGUAUAGGCAACCUCCACUACCACCUGGACCUCCACCUUCGUCAGUCUUACUGCGACAUCGGUCCACUGAUAAUGUCUUCGUAGCUGCUCGUGAGGAGGCUAACGAUCUACCGCCCAUGCGCAGGAGUGCAUACCACGCAGCUAGAUAUGACCACGGUAUGGAGGACAACGGAAGCGUCAAGUCGGAGCGGAGGAGACACAGGAAAUUACACAAAGCGCGAUCAGCUGCCAGUAUCGACACCUCCAUGCUUCGAGCUGAGACCGAGCAGGUCUUCAACAGCAGUCGCUCUGCUGCCGGCCCUGCCGCUGAGAUGAACCAGAUCAAGACAAUUGCUGCUCGGAUGAAACAGAGGCGCAAGGAGAACUCCAAUGGCAACAUCGACUUCGUAGCGCUGACGCGUACCCAGAGUGAUGCCACGGGGGCAGCGUCUCCUGCUCCAGAUGCACCAAAGGAGCCUCCCACACCAGAGAAGAAAAAGGCAACGACGACACUGUCAGGCGUUGCAGCUCUCCGCGCUCGAUUCGAGAACAAAUGA